CGUAACGCACGGACGAAACUCAGCCAGUAACGUUAUAUUGAUGCCGUUUUGCAGUAGUAAAGUAUAUUUUAAUAUUUUAUUUAUUUAUUGAAAAUUAUACGUUAUGGCUUCCACUUCCAAAGAUGUUCCCGCGGUCGUCAUUCAGGACAAUCCUCCAGACGAUUUGGAACCUGGUGCAUGUCACGACAGCAUCCUAAAUCCUACAGAUUCUUUCGAAGAGUUCGCUUCGGAGAUGAGCUCGAGUCUCCAAGAGAGGAAUAUAUCGUUGGCCACAAAAAGCAGUACUAUUAGUGAAAUACAAAGUGAAAUUGGUGAAAAUUCUGCGCCAAUGAAGCCUACUAAGUCCAGUGAUGAUUUACAGACUAAAGAUGAAUCAAUAUCAGCUUCAACAAGCAACUCGAACUUGACGGAGCAAAACGGAGAUGAUACGGACACAGAGAAAGAUGAUUAUCUCCAAUCUCCAGAGUUAGUGAACAAAGAGAAACAUGUGUUCAUACUAAGCUCUGCUGGUAAACCUAUUUAUUCUAGAUAUGGUAAUGAAGAUAAGUUAGCGGGCCUAUGUGGUGUGAUACAGGCUCUAGUAAGUGUGGUGGAGGAACAAAACCAGGAUAUCUUGAGAUCUAUCAGUACAAAUGAUUGUAAGGCCGUCUUCCUAGUGAAGGGGCCUUUGAUACUGGUUGCCGUUUCCAAGUCUGAUGAGAGUGAAACUCAGCUUGUUUUACAGUUAACGUAUGCAUUUAACCAAAUAGUAUCAGUACUUACUCUAACGCAGCUGAACAGAAUAUUUGAACAACGACGGAACUACGAUCUGCGGCGACUGCUCUCGGGGGCCGAGCGACUUAUUGACCACUUACUUAUAUUUAUGGAGAAAGAUCCUGCUUUCUUAUUGGGCGCAGUCCGCUGCCUUCCUCUACCAGAGAAAGCAAGAGAGAACAUAACUAAUGCGAUCCAGACAACUUGUAACAAGAUAAGAGACCUGGUCUUCGCAAUAAUGCUCGCCGGGAACCAACUGAUAACUUUAGUUCGAAUGAAGAAGUACACGUUACAUCCGUCAGAUAUACAUUUGUUGUUCAAUUUGGUUCGAAGCUCGGAGUCUUUCAAAACGGCUGAGAGUUGGACGCCCAUUUGUUUGCCGAAGUUUGAUUCGACAGGUUUCCUCCACGGCCACGUGUCCUAUAUAUCAGAAGAUUGCCAAGCCUGCCUCCUGCUCCUCACAGUACAACGCGACGCCUUCUUCCCACUAUCACAAGCGAAACACACGAUCGCAGACAAACUGAGACGAUCCAACUGCCUAGUCGCCAUCAACGACGCACUAAAUAGGAACGAAGAACUCCCAACUACAAACCCUUUGAAACAUAUAGGCAUACCAGAAAUUAGGCACUUUAUGUACAAAUGUAAAUCUACGGCUCAACUGUUUACUUCCGAUCCUAUUAGCUUAGAUAAGUUACAGGAUUAUAGGUUGAGGCAUAAAGAGGGUGGUGAUAUUAUGGAGAAGAAAGUUGAGAAGUUGUCCGAUAUUGAUUAUGUGAGAAAUUAUAGAAAGUUCUGCAGUUCCAUACAUUGUACUUCUACGCCGGCCAAGUUGAUAUUUCGGUCGAAUUCCUGUGAUACUAUUCUGGCUUGGGUUACAAAUGGCUUCGAGCUCUACGUAACGUUCGAUCCCCUAAUGGAAAAAGACCAAGCCAUAAAAGCAGUAGACCGUCUACUCAAAUGGAUCAAGAAAGAAGAACAAAGGAUCUUCAUAAUGCACGCACCAACCUUCUAGCCAAAGUUCAGUGUGCCUUCAUUGAGUGGCAUGAUUAAAAACUCUUUGAAUCGAAACUCCAGCGCUGAGGAUUGUCUAUGAUUUUACGUCACGUCAAAUUUACCCGCGAAUUUGUUAUCUGUGAAAUUGUUUUAGCUGUAGAAAUUUGACAGUAUUGUCGAUCUGUGUUUAGCAUGAAUUUAUUGUUAUAUUGUUGAUUAUUUGAAUAAUCAAUUUGAGAGAGAAUUUUUUUAUUGGAAUAAUGAAUGUCUAAUCUCAAAUCUAUACUUCCCUACUUCAAUAGAGCUGCAAACUUACCUAAGAGUUACUUCAUUGGAGUAUUAAGCUAAAACACUUCAAAACAGAGCCCAUUUUUGCAUGGGUAAAGUCACACUCCUAGGAUGAUUUGAGAAUUAACUGAUUAACCUCUCAGACAGAUUGACUUUGUAUUAAUAAAAUCAAAUUGUUAUUUAGAUUAUUAUGCUAAAAACCUAAAUUGCUACUAGUAGUUCCUUCCCUGAAGUAACUCCAUCUCUAUAGUUGUAAAAAGUCGAAGGUUAUCUCAUCAUACUACCUAUCACUUAAUGUUUUAGAAGCUAAUCUAUGUCUGCAAAACUUCGGUGAUCGCUUAACAUCAGGGGGCUUAGUAUGAAUUUGUUUUACGUUUAACGAGUUCGAAACGAGAGCGUGUUCGGCGCUGUGAUUGGUUGCUUCAUUCGCACCGGCCAAUCAGAGCGCCGAACGCGAUUUCGUUUCGUUUUCGUUCAACGUAAAGCAAACUCAUAAUAAGGGUCAGCCGUGAGCUUAGUUGCUACAAAUAUUUAGUAAUAAAAAAAAUACUCUUCACAGAAAUAAACUUCCAUUCCUUCAUAAAAUAUAGUUUUAAAUCAAGAACAAUAAAAAUAACGUAUUAUUUAUGAUAUUUGUAAUAUCAAAUUGUAUAGUAACAUAAUGAAAUAUAUUGGAAUAAUCAAAUUAGGCGAAUUAUUAUACAUACUUACAUACAAAUUAUGAAUUGAAUAAAUGUAUCUAAUAAUGCAUUUAGCAUGCAUUUUUGUCACAGGCAUAGAAUAAGCUGGAUACUGCCAAACUUAACGUGUUUCCUAAUUGGAAACAGAUUCAACUGAUCUUAUAUGUUUUUUUUAUAUGGAAAGACGCGUGCUAUGGUUAGCUUGCCUACUAUCGCUACAUCGCAUACUCGAGCUGCGAAUCUUCCUCACACAGCUACCUAUGUAGCUGUAUCAGUAGAAACGAUCACAUAGAUUCACAGCUUACGCCCGAAUACUCAAACGCUACUCAAUUUUAAGUUGUACUUAAAUAUCGUGCUAUCUCUGUCAUUUUAUAAAUAAUUGAUAGUGAUAGAACUACAUUUGAGAGCGUCUUAAAAUUGAGUAGCGUUUGAGUAUUCGGGCAUUAGCUAUUACAUCCUCGCAGCACAGCUACAUAGCAUAUCUCCGGUGGUAAAGCACCCUGAGAGUUGUCCACAGGCGCCGCCGAUUGCUUACCAACAGGUGAUCUGUUUACUACAUAAUGAUUGCUUAAUUUAGCUCCCAGAAAAACUUGUAGCUAUUUUAGUUUAGCUUGCGGUAUCUAGCUUAUUCUAGAUCAGUGAUUUUAGUACUAAAUAAAUAUUAGAUAGAUGUUCAAAGAAUUACAUGGGUGAUCGAUAAAUUGUGUACAUAAUUAUGUAGAUAGUCGAAAUAUUGUUACAAUAUGCUCAUUAAAUAUUAUAUUAAUAGAAUUUGGAAAGAUCUUCCUUAUAGACAUAAUAAAUUAAAAAGUAAAGCACAGUUUAAAAUAAAUGUGUAUCUGUCUUCGUCUUUCAGAUAUAGCAAGAAUAGGACAAUUUCAAUAGGGAGCAUGACGGAGUAUGAAAAUUAAUAAAAAUAUUAGACACCAUUUUUUUUAUUUUGCCAUAUAACAUUACAAUACUUAGAUAAAACGAAUCAAAGUUUUAGAGUGGGAGCAAAUACGUCAUUUCUAUAAAUGUACAUAGAAGUGACGUCACGCGAUAUUUCAAAUCGAUAUAUCUUCGAAAGUAUUUGUUUUCGUAAAAAAAUAAAAAAUACGUGUCUAAUAUUUUAAAAGAAUCUACAAGACGGACAUUAAAAUAAAAAUUAGUCAUCUACCCUAUUCCUACAUAGUGUCUAAAUUAACCUAAUGCCGGCUCCAUGAAUACAUGUUGGCCCAAACAUUGGGGCCAACGUUACUCGUUCGUGUUAAGCUAGAUAGAAGCAUUUGUAAACAUUGAGGCUAAUUUUUAAAUGUCCGAUUCACAGAGGGUGCUAAACUGCGGAUGAGGCGCUUGUACCUAGCCAUUAUAAGCCCCAGUGGAGCUUGAUGAACCUAAUAAAGCACCCAAAAACAUCAAAGAUGGUCAUGAUACAGUACAGUCUUACUUUUGGGCUCUGCAAACGAAUUUGUACCUAAAUACAAUUAGAAUACUUACCAAUACUGCAUAUUCAUUAUGUAACAGUUGUAUACCCCUAUUUUCCAAAGCAUUCAUUACAUAACAGUAUCCUUAGUACAAGUUUGGUUUACGUUUAAAGUCAUCUAAACUAGAUUCGUUCGGCGCUCUGAUUGGCCGGGUCGAAUAAGCACACCAAUCAGAGCAACGAACGCGCUCUCGGUUCGAUUAUUUUAAAGGUAAAUGAAACUCUUACUAAGGGUACAAUUCCUUUCCCUUGCUUUAGCCUUGCUCUACUAUAAAUAGGCUGAAUAUUCAAAUGGCUGGUCCAUUCAUUUAGCCAGGUAGUCCUAAAGAUGCCUAUUAAUGAAAUUGUUGUAAAUAAUAACAUGUAUGUACUAGUAAAUGAAUUGUUCAGUAUAAAGAGAAUUAUUUUUAUGAAAUUGUUAUCAUAGCAAUACAUUUUUUUUUAAAUAUACAUGUCAAUUCAUA